UGGGGCAGAGAAGUUCCUGCUUCUGUGCCACUCCCGAGGGUGGCAUGAAUGGCCUGAGCUCAGGAAGAGGUGGGGCCCAGCAUCACACACUCAGCAGCUUCCAGUUAGGUGCUUUGAUGCUGUAUAAGGUUCCUGGGUCCCUGAAGAGCAUCAUAGGAGGAGGACACCGGCAGUGAGCAGGCAAGGAGCAGAGGACGCAGAGCCAAAGACAGUGAAGGGACUGAGACAUGGAGGCCAGUGCAGCACCCAUGGCCAGGCGCCUCAUGGACGAAGACACCUUCACUGAGAACUUCAAGAAUGUGAACUGGCCACGCAAGACCUACCUGUGCUAUGAGGUGGAGCUCCCGGAUGGAGACUCCAGGGUCCCCCCAGGCUGGGACAAGGGCUUCCUGCGCAACAAGCCUAUUCACAUGCCCGGGCCACCCCGCGACGCAGAGAUGCGCUUCCUGGACCUGAUCUCUUCUUGGAAGCUGGACCAGAAACUGCGCUACAGGGUCACCUGUUUCAUCUCCUGGAGCCCCUGCGCUGACUGUGCUCAGAGAUUGGCUGAGUUCCUGCGGGAGAACAGCCACGUGAGCCUGCGCAUCUUUGCUUCCCGCAUCUUUACCAAGGGAGACUACAAGGCGGGACUGCGCACCCUACAGGCGGCUGAGGCCCAAAUCGCCAUCAUGGCCUCAGAAGAGUUUGAGCACUGCUGGGAGACCUUCGUGGACCACCAGGGAAGACCCUUCCAGCCCUGGGAUGAGCUGGAUCCUAAGAGUCGCUACCUGUCCGAGCAGCUGCUGCACAUUCUCCAGCCGACUGCUCCUCCCUCCCUGCCUCCCCUCUACUUUCCUCCCUCCCUGCCUCCCCUCUACUUUCCUCCCUCCCAUCCUGUCCCUGGGCCUUACUUUCGCUCUCUCAGAGACUCCUCUGGGUGAGCUAGUCCCUCCUGGGUGGCCAGCUCCAUCCAUCCCUUCCCUUCUCACAAGCUCUCUGCUUUCUCAGCUCCCUCCUCCUCUGUCCUCCUCCAUCUUGGUGACUGCCCCGCACCUGUGUCCUCUUUCCACCUUUCCACUCCCGGCUCCACCCAGCUCCACCUGCUCACCCUCGAGUCAGGAACAAUGAAGGACGGACCUCAGUCUCUCUAAAGAAGGCAAGAGCCCUCUGCUGAACCGCACAACAAAGCACUUUCUAUCAAGAAAUGUGAACACGCCAUUCCCCACCAUCUCCACAUUGAUGAAAGAAACCAGCAAAAGGCUCAGAAGCCACUAAGAAACAGUUUCAGAAAAAAGUCUCCGAGUAAAUUUACUUUUCAUGAAAUCCAUCUUAGGGUACAAAUAGACAUCAGUAAGAUUACACUCAACAGCAUCAGAAUAGUUUUAAAUUUUUAGAGAAUAAUUAUUCUAAUUGAUUUUAAACCCAGAGCAGUACAGUGAAAUACUAAGAAUCUACCGCUGAUUUUUCCUCUGUAAAUGCAUGAUGGAGUCCGUGUAUUUAAAUAAACAUCUGCAACGUGCCAA